AUGACGUCUGAAAAAGGAUGCAGGAAAGAAAAGAAUCAAAACAUUCAAGUGUUCGUGAGGCUGAGGGAGGUGGUCGUGCGUCAGUCACAACAGAACUCAUUAACUAAGAGAUUCACCUUUGAUCGAGCAUUCCCACCUCACUCUAAACAGGUGGAGGUUUACCAAGAGGUGGUUAGCCCUCUCAUUGAGGAGGUAUUAGCUGGUUACAACUGUACGGUGUUUGCCUACGGACAAACUGGCACUGGUAAAACUCACACUAUGGUCGGAGAGGCAGCACAAGAUGAAACUACGUGGCAAAAUGAUCCUCUUGCUGGUAUAAUUCCCCGAGCCUUGAGCCAGUUGUUCGAUGAGCUUCGUCUGUCCAACACUGAAUACACAGUGAGGGUUUCGUACUUGGAACUCUACAAUGAAGAGUUGGUCGACUUGCUAUCAUCAGAAGAUGGUUCCAAGCUACGAAUAUACGAAGAUGUGUACAAUAAGAAUGAGGUGUACAAGAUCAUGGCUCAAGGGCAGGAACGGAAGAGAGUUGCUUCCACACUUAUGAAUGCUCAGUCCAGUCGCUCUCACACCGUGUUUACGAUCGUGGUUCAUAUGAAGGAAAAUAGUCCCGAAGGAGAAGAAUUGGUUAAGAUCGGCAAACUCAACCUUGUAGAUCUUGCAGGGUCUGAGAAUAUCAGUAAGGCAGGCAGUGACAACCCUGCCAAGAGGGAGAGGGCCAGGGAGUGUGUGAACAUCAACCAGUCUUUAUUGACCCUCGGCAGGGUCAUCACUGCAUUGGUUGAGAGACAUCCGCAUAUACCAUACAGGGAAUCAAAGCUAACCCGAAUCCUCCAAGAGUCUUUGGGAGGCAGGACGAAAACCUCAAUAAUAGCAACCAUUUCACCUGGACACAAAGAUUUAGAGGAAACUAUGAGUACUCUGGAAUACGCCAACAGAGCGAAAAACAUCCAGAACAAACCAGAAGUUAACCAGAAACUGACCAAGAAAGCUAUUUUGAAGGAUUACGCUGAGGAAAUUGAUAGAUUGAAGAGAGAUCUACACGCGGCAAGGGAAAAGAAUGGAGUGUACCUAGCUAACGAUACAUUCGCCGAAAUGACGCUCAAACAAGAAGAACAACGGAAAGAAAUUCAAGAACUGCUUCUGAAGAAGAGAGCUAUGGAGGAAGAGAGGGAGAGAAUACGACAAGUGUUCCAGGAGUUAAGAAAUCAAUUAGAAGAUAAAUUGAGAAACACGCAGGAUCAACUGGCAAAGACCAAUGAGAACCUCCGUACAACGAAACAGCAGUACCUUGAACAGCGCCAUCUGGCUAGCGUUCGCGCUAACACGGAGAAAGUACUCACAGAACAAGCGACGAAGAUUCUAGAAGCCGCGGACAGCGCCUCCGCUGAUGCCCUAGGGCUCCACGACGCGGUGGACAGACGAAGAAAAUUAGAAGAAGACAACCUAGGCCUUACCACCGGCUACAGGGAACAUGCAAGGAAACAUCGGGAUUAUGCACGAGAAGAUCUUAAUGACUACAUGCACUCACUCAUCGGAGCACUCAAGGAAAUUACUGAUCAUUUAGACACCUUUACAAACAUGUGCAGUCAAACACACUGUGAUAAUGAACAGACUCUGAAUGAAUUGGUCAAGAAUACUAUGAAUGUUAUGGAAAAGAUAAAGACAAUGAAAGAUAACGUCAGCACUGAUAUUGAAGAAACAACGAAGACUGAGCUGUCUACACUCAGAGAGAACGUCAAGUUGAGGGAAGGAGCCAUUUUAGAUGUUUUGAACCAGCUGUCAAAUGGGAUUCAAACAAAUUUGAAGAAGACAGAGGUCGAUGACCUCGGGCUAUUACUGAGAGUUAUUGAGGAACUGAGGUCUGCGUCGUCGGCGCGAGUGAAGGCGGUCCGUGAGUCCGGUGGGCGUGUGGAGCGCGCGGUCCGUGAGACCGGCGGCCGGCUGAGGAGCGCCGCGGGACACGCCAGGGAACACACAGACGGACACGCGGGUGCUAUGGACCGAGCCGUGCGGGACAGGCUCGCUCUCUUGAUGGAGGAAAAAUCGAGGUCGGAGAAGUAUCUAGCAGAACAAAUGGCUGUAGUUGAGAAUGAGAGAAGAGAAAUUGAGAUACGACUUAAGAAGUGGGAAGAAGAUGAAAUGAAGCGGAUCAAACUACAUGUGGACACAGAAAGAAGUCUUCUAGAAGAUAGACUGGCUGCCAGAGUUAAAGAUAUAGAAGAACAGAGAAGAAUUAUGGAAGAAAGAAUGACACAGAAUAUGGAUUGGCUUAAUGGUCUGUUGGAAUCUAGUGACACACAACGACGGACAGCCGAAGAAGAUUUAAAUGCUUUGGAAAAAGAACUACAGAGUUGUAUGACGAAUGUUGAUGGAUGUAUACAUGAAAUGGAUCAAGAAAGCAUUGCAAUAAUAAGCGACACAGACAAACGGACAGAGGAGGCUGUAAAGGUUGUUGAGAAAAUACAAAAAGACUUACAAGGAACGGUGACGGGAACAGAUACUUGUAUACAGUCGAUAGCAGCUGACACUCAAAGUCUCAGUGAGGUUGCCGACCUUGCAGAUAAAACCGUCAAUUCGAUCGAAAAAAAAUGUAACGAAACUGUUGAUUCGAUGGUUAAUGAAUUCGAAGCUACAUCUUCAGAAGCUAUUGAAAGCGUUCGUCGUGUGGAAGCCCUGUCUCAUAGUUUAGCGGAGAACACUCGGGGACACCGCCACGAGCAGGGCGAAGCCCUACAAGGAGUGCGGCAGAGGGCGGAGGCGCUCCAGAACGACCUGGUGCGGGAACUUGAUGCGUUGAACCAACUUGAUGAGCGAUGUCUGUGGAGGGAAUACGCUGUAUAUAGACCCAGCGGUUCGACCCCAGCGCGUCGCCCAUACAACUACCCUCGCUCCCUGGCUGCCACAUCUCCAGAAUCUUUGGUACUAGCAAGACUAACUUCAGAUUCGGUCUUAGAAGAUUCCAGUGAUGAAGACUUGAUCGAGGAUCUCACUACUACAGAUGAGAGUAUUGUUAACGGUGGCAAUGAGAACGGUACAAAUAAUAGGAAACAGCGUGAGGAGUCUGGAAAGGAAAACGUGAACUCAAACCGCUCGAUGAGCUUCAAGAAGCCGUCCAAGCUACCAGCUCCUUCAAGCAUCAAGAAACCUCUCGUGGAUAGAAAUGAAUACUAA